AUGGCUGAAAGUUUCUCAAAUGAAUAUCCACUGGGCUCUCCUCUAGCACACAUUAAAAUGUGUGUAUACCAUGGAUUACGUAUUGAUAUUAUAUGUGAGGACUGUGAUGAAUUUAUUUGUUCCAAGUGUGCCAAAACAGAUCAUAGAGAUCACGAAUGGAACACUUUAUCUACAGCAGCCACCAAAUGGAGGAGAGAUCUGCUUACAUUGCUGACAAAGAUUAAGGAGGAGGAUCUGCCUGGGAUUGAUGAGAAGAUAUCAAAACAGAUCACAGAAAAUAAAGAACUCUGUGAUUCUGAGAUUAAAAAGGUAGAGAAGCAUUAUGAUGAGAUGAUGGCCAGAAUGACUGAAAUCAAAAAACGCAAUGAAAAAUCACUGAAAGACAACUUGGUUAGAAAAAAUGAUCAACUGAAUCAUGUGAAAUCCGAGUUAGAAAAAAAGAGGAAAGGAAUUGUUCAUACUGUGGAAUUCAUGGAGGAGAACAACAGCACCAUGUCAGAUUACAGCUUGAUUUACAACAUCAGAGAAAUGACAAAAAUGCUGUCUGAAUUAGAGGCUCAUGUGACAAACUGUGAAUAUUCAGUGCGGUACAUUCGAGGUGAAAUCAAUGAUGACUUAUUUGAAUCUUUGGUUGGAAAAACUUUGGAUUUAGAUGACAUUGGUGUGACUCAAAUAAACGCAUUUCAAUAUGGUAGUCAAAUUAUACAAUUAUUAGGGACAUUAAGUGAAGACCAAUGUUACAUAAAUGAGUUAAAUUCAAAAUAUAUAGAAAAAGUCAAUCAGCAAGGCAUAAAAGAACCUAAAAUUAGAAUUAAACCUAAUGGUAUGUCUGUAGCUGAUAACGGUGAUGUAUAUUUCAGUGAUGAUGAUAAUUAUUCCAUUGGUUAUCUGUCACCAUCAGGAUCUGUCUCUACAGUCAUCAGUACAGAUCCACUGCUUCCAAUGGGAAUGUGUCAGUCAUUGGACAGUGGACUACUGGUCACUUUGAGAGACAAUGUAUCCGAUAUUUACGAAUUAGAGUCACGGAGCAGACGUCUAGUGAGACACAUCACAUUGACAGGUGAUGUCGUCCAUGAGUAUGAGUACCAGGAGGACGGUCAGACCAGACUUUUUACAUUGCCAGACAGAGUCACACAAAAUAAUAAUGGUGAUAUCUGUGUUGUGAACCAUACAAAUCUAAUUACAGGUGAACUAGUGAUUAUGCCUCCCUCUGGUCGCAUGAAGUCUGUCUACCGUGGACAGAACGUGACAAAGAACUUUGAUCCAGCUGAUGUAGUGUGUGACUCCCUCUGUAACAUCCUUGUUACUGUGAUUAGCAACAAACAGAUCCAUCUGCUGAAUUCUGAAGGGGAGUUCUUAAAGUUCUUACUGACAGACAAUGAAGUGACCUCUCCAUACGCACUGUCCCUGUACAACUCUACACUGUGGGUGGGAUACUGGAAAGGAUUUGUCAAAGUGUUUGAAUACAGAAUGUAA